UCACCAUGUUGGUACGUUCCGUCAUACGUCAUCAGCUUGUACCAACAUGGCGGCUGUCAUGAUUCGCAGUGAGACUGAGUUUGUGAGAGCAGGGAGAAAACUUCUGCAGCCAUGGUUCCACAGGUUUGCAAGCCUCCAGUCCUGUUCUGCUCCUCACUCCCAGUUCUUCGCUCCGUCCGAAGGCAUCAUGCUGCCAGCAGGAAGUUUCAACAACAGAGUGGCCUUUAUCACUGGAGGCGGUACCGGACUGGGCCGAGCCAUGACCACCGUUCUGUCCCAGCUGGGAGCCCAGUGUGUCAUCGCAAGCAGGAAGCUGGACAUCCUGCAGCAAACAGCCAACGAGAUUAGCAGCCAGACUGGAAACAAGGUCCAUGCAAUCCAGUGUGAUGUCAGAGACCCUCAAGCCGUUUCUCAUUGUGUGGACCAGAUGGUGGCGCUAACUGGACUUCCUGAUGUGAUCAUCAACAAUGCUGCAGGGAACUUUAUCUGUCCAUCAGAACGCCUGUCACCAAACGGCUGGAAGAGCAUCACUGACAUCGUUCUGAAUGGGACAGCGUUUACCACUCUGGAGCUGGGAAAGAGACUGAUCCAGAAUCAGAAAGGAGCCUCCUUCCUUGCCAUCACCACCAUCUAUGCUGAGUCCGGUUCUGGUUUUGUUGUCCCGAGUGCGUCAGCCAAGGCUGGAGUCGAUGCGCUCUACAAGUCUCUGGCUGCAGAGUGGGGACGCUAUGGCCAUAGAUUCAACAUCAUCCAGCCUGGACCAAUUAAGACAAAGGGAGCCUUCAGCCGCCUGGAUCCAACCAGAACCUUUGAGAAGGCCAUGAUUGAUCGUAUACCAACGGGUCGGCUCGGAAAACCAGCAGAACUCGCAAACCUGGCAGCUUACCUGAGCAGCGACUAUGCCAGCUGGAUUUCUGGAGCGGUGAUCCGUUUUGAUGGAGGAGAGUUCGUAUCGAUGGCAGGAGAGUUUAACGAGCUUCGCAGGGUGACUCAGGAUCAGUGGAAGAUGAUGGAGACAAUGAUCCGAAGCACUAAGGGAUCCUAGGAACACUGAAUGCUCAUUGGCCCCGCCCUCUGCUGAACUCUAGGAAUUUUGAUUGUUGUCAUUAAUAAUUGAUAAGUUGAUCAGCCUGGCCCACAGCCAGCACAAAGCUGGUGGGACUGUCUGCACAUGCUCAGUGAGAACAAUGAUGUCUGAUAAUAAAAUAAUAAAUGACA